AUGACCUCGAAGUCUGACGAAAGUAUCUUAUCAGAUCCGAAAGAAAACACAGAGAUCAGAGUUGCCAUCUCUGUUCAGUCUAGUCCCGAGCAUGCACUGAUGAAGAAUCUCAUCCCAAAUGAGGUGAACUUCACCGAAGUGAACACCGACGCUCCUCUCCAUGGCGAAGUUUUACUUGAA